GACCGCAGUUCCUGGACCGGAAUGCCACCCCUACCGGCUGACCGAACUUGCCGAACUACAUUCCAGAAGUCAAGAACUGACUGGAAAUUGCUCAUUAUAUAAUCGGAAAAUCGGUGGUGGCAUCAUUAUCUAUGGGUUUUGGCUGAAUCUGUCUGCCAAAGCCGCCGCUUGGGCAUCGAAUUCCGUCGUUGUAGAGCGCAAUGUCUCUCCUUCACGCGCCUUGCUACUCCGUUCUAUUUACCGGCAAAACCCCGAAAAUCGAGAUUAAACCCAUCGAUUCUCUCCCAUUCUCCUCAACUCUAAACACUAGAUCAAGAACCUUAGCGAUUCGACAUUCCUACUCUUCGUCAAAUGAACCAUCCGACUGGAAACCAUCUGGAGACCCUCUUUCCGCCGGACCUAACAAUAAAGGUAACUUCUCAGAUGAUAAGACGUCCGCUUUUGUGGAUGAAUGGGGAGAGAAGUCGGAGCCUGAGACCCAGCCUGCCACGAGAUUUUCGGACUCCGAUCCUCCCAGGAACGAAGAUGAGUGGGGCGGAGAUGAGUCCAGGGGGAAUGAGACUCCUGAACCGCCUGGUGAAGAAGAUAAGCUUAGGGACCUGAAGAUAUGCCUCGUGGACACGGUUUAUGGUACUGAAUUUGGGUUCCGGGCUUCGGGGGAGGUAAGGGCCGAGGCUCUGGAGCUCAUUUCUCAACUGGAGGCUGCCAAUCCCACCCCAUCUCCAACGGAAUCUCCUGAGUUGCUUGAGGGGAACUGGAAUUUAUUGUUUACGGCGUUUUCUGAGCUAUUACCACUUCUUGCGCUGGGCAACAUUCCAUCUAUUAAAGUUGAAAAGAUUUGUCAGUCGAUUGAUACUAGCAGCCUUACGAUAGAAAACUUGACAACAUUGUCUACCCCUGUUGCGAUGUUUUCAUUCAGCGCUAUUGCAAACUAUGUGGUUAGAACUCCCUCAAGAAUACAGGUUGAAUUUAAGGAAGGCAGCUUUAGACCUCCAGAGAUCAAGUCACGAAUCAAUUUGCCCGAGAAUGUAGAUGUGUUUGGGCAGAAUAUAAAUUUGAGCCCUAUCCAACGAUCUCUGAGUCCUCUCGAAAAUGCAGUCGCUAGUAUAGCCCUCAAAAUUUCUGGCCAACCCCCUCUAAAGGUACCCAUUCCUGGCUACGGGACAAACUCCUGGCUACUUACUACAUACCUUGAUAAGGAUUUGCGGAUCUCCAGAGGUGAUGGUGGGCUAUUUGUGCUCCUUAGGGAAGGAAGCUCGCUGCUAUAUUAGUGCACACGUGCAGUACAUUGUUUGUUUAUUUCCAGAAUUCCAGUUAUAAGUUCAAUAAAUCUGGUUUAUAUUAAAUACUUGAAUUAUAUGCAGUUUUGAACUUUUGAUUUUAGUUCUAUUAAAACUUUAUUUAGGGUGAAAUUUCAACCUUCAAGACAAGCUGAACAAGAAAAUAAGAAAUACUCCAUUCUUCCUGUAAGGAAAUCGCUCUCCAACUUUUUUUGUUAAGAGGCCAUAUUCUCAUUCCAUAAUCCAG